AUGCCUUCUUAUCCGGAAACCGAACUCUACGUCAAGUUUGUUGACGCAGGGGAUUUCCCACAUAUUGGAUCUGGGCAGAAGGAGGCACCGCUCCCGUCGGAUUUGAAAAACCAUGUGCGAGAUAUCUCCAAAGUUCAGAAGGAAAAACUGAUAGCCGCCGUGACCCAAAAGAUUACCACGCUGCAAGAAGCUCAAACUCAAGUUCCUCCGCUUUUUGGCAAAGAAGGGUCCAGUGCGAAAGAGGAAUGGGAGAAACUUCUUCGUAUGGCGGUAGAGAAAAAGAUCCCCGGUGCAGGAGAAGCCCUGGAAAAGCUUGGUUCGCUUCAAGUAUCCGAGGAAGGUCGACAGGAGGAUCAGCUGAACCCCUCAAUGGCUUCCCCGAGUCUGGACUCCGAUAGUCGAGGAGCGCCCAACCACUCGGGUGCAGAUGGCAUGGACCUUGACAACCAACAGGAAACGGAGAAUAACGACCAGCAGGAGAACCCUCAAGAGAAAGAGCCGAGCGGCUCUGACACGCAAUCCCCAGCAAGGGGAGAGAACAACGGCCAGCCGGAGAACCCUCAAGAGGAAGAGCCGAGCGGCUCUGACACGCAACCGUCAGUGGCCGUGAAGAGAGAAGAGUCUCCUUCUAGGAUAACAGCGAGUAUUCCCUCAGUUAGCCCGGAACCGAACCGGCCAAGACCAGGUCACAGAUUGGAAUUGGAAGAUGAACUCGAUGAAGUGCCAUGCGAGAACGUUGGCUGGACGCAAGUCGGCGAAGACAAGUGCCAUGAUUGGCCUUGGGUCACAAUGCCUUUGCCCAACGGUGGUGCAAUCAUGGCUGAAAAACAGACAAACAGGCAGUCGCUCGGUUCUAUGAGGGCUGGCAAAAAAGACACCAUCAGCUUGUUUGUCGUGGAGAUCCCUGUUCUAGAGGAGGUCGAAGGAACUGAUGAAUGGAGAACUGUAUGGCAGCGACGUCUUGUUAGAUAUCAAGAUUAUCGCAGACAUAUCGACGCGUGGAGGAAAAAGACAGAGGAACACGAACGCUGCAUCUUUAGUGCAUCUGAUAAGUAUCAUCAAUGGGAUAUACUCAAGAAUUGCACUUUACGAAGACUCGAGUUUACGGCAUCAUUGACUGCUCGGUCCAGAAAAUCCGAGAAAACAAACCGAGGGGCUCCUGAGACGGAGUGUCUUGUAUGGCUGAAGGAGGAACUGUUACCGAAAUUCGUACCGAUGUAUUUGUUCAAGAGAUGGCAGACAGAGACCAGCGCAAUGGAGCUGAUUCAUCAAUGCUGCGUGAAUGACGGUCUGAUUCUACCAUCAAUGUUGCCAGCAUUGCGUGAUUCCACGCUCAAUGCGGACUGCCCAGAGAACAGAUUAGCAUUGCACAUCAUGGAUACAGCAGGACGGCAAGCGUCAGCCUCGCCGCCUCCAGCGGCCAUGCGAGCGUCGCCCCUGCCCCCUCCAGCGGCCACGCGAGCGUCGACCUUACCCCCUCCAGCGGCCACGCGAGCGUCGACCUUACCCCCUCGAGCGGCCAUGCGAGCGUCGCCCCUGCCCCCUCGAGCAACCACGCGAGCGUCACCCUUGCCCUCUCAAGCGACCACACGAGUGUCGCCCCUGCCCCCUCGAGCGACCACGCAAGCGUCACCCUUGCCCUCUCAAGCGACCACACGAGUGUCGCCCCUGCCCCCUCGAGCGACCACGCAAGCCUCAUCACAGCCGGUUUCGACAGUACUUUCCCCGGACGACAUUAACAGUGUGAUAAACAGCUGUCUCCAAGAAUACAUGCCAAGCUUUACAGAAAUGCUGGAGGUGGCAUUGAGAACCAGAUUUGAGAAUCUGAAUAUAUACUAG